AUGCUCCCCUUCGAGCUGCUGCUCUCCAACCCCCUGCAGUUCUUUCGGGUCGAGGUGGCUCUGGAGGAUAUCAAUGACCAUUCACCCGUCUUCCCCGUGGAACGAUUCACUUUUAAGAUUCUGGAGAGGAGCGACUCGGGCACACGUUUCCCUCUGGAGGCGGCUCAGGAUCUCGAUAUUGGCAGCAACACAGUCCAGGCAUACAUCAUCUCUCCCGAGAACGAAUAUGCUCAGGAUCUCGAUAUUGGCAGCAACACAGUCCAGGCAUACAUCAUCUCUCCCGAGAACGAAUAUUUCAGUGUCUCCUAUGGAAAUCGGAGUAAUGGAGACAAAUACCUUGAACUUGUUUUGGAGAAGCCACUAGACAGAGAGGAGCAGUCAGAGAUGAGUUUCAGUGUUAUUGCUGUGGACGGUGGCUCUCCUCCUAGAAGUGGGAGCGUUGUGAUCUCUAUUAUUAUUCUGGAUGUAAAUGACAAUCCUCCCAUAUUCACACAAGAGCGUUAUAUUGGGAAGGUUUUAGAGAAUAUGCCAGAAGGCUCUGUUGUUCUGGCGGUGCUGGCAACGGAUCAGGAUGCAGGAGUAAAUGGGGACAUUUCCUAUCAACUCAGUCAAGCAGUGGGACAAACCGAUUCAGCAUUUGUGAUUGAUAACAGAACUGGUGAAAUUAAAAUCACAAAACCUCUGGACUUCGAGGAAGCAAAAAGACACGAGUUGAGUGUGAGAGCCACAGAUGGUGGGGGACUCUCAGCCAUCUGCAAAGUGCUGGUGGAGGUGGUGGAUGUGAAUGACAAUGCCCCAGAGGUGGUGGUCAGCUCCUUCAGCAGUCCCCUCCCCGAGAACACAGCGCCCGGCACGGUGGUUGCCCUGUUUACGGUCAGGGACCGGGAUUCUGGGGCCAACGGGAAGAUCUCGUGUGGCCUCGAGGAUCAGCUCUUCUUCUCGCUGCGGCCAGCCUAUAAGAAUUACUAUGAGCUGGUGACAGUGAGCGCGCUGGACCGCGAGGAGACGGCUCGCUACAUCCUCAGGGUGACGGCGGCAGACGCGGGGUCGCCUCCUCUGACGAGCACGCAGACCUUCACCGUGGACAUCUCGGAUGUCAAUGACAACGCCCCCGUCUUCAACCAGACGUCGUACACCAUGUACGUGCGUGAGAACAAUGUGCCCACGGUGUUUGUUGGAGCCGUCAGCGCUGCCGACGCUGACGUGGGGCUCAAUGGCAAGGUGAGCUAUUCGCUGGCAGCGGUGCAGGCGGCAGAGGGGCCUUGGUGCUCGUGCGUGUCUGUG